CCAUUACCCAACACUAAAGUGAGACGUUUCGGUUUAUGUUGUGCGGAGAGAAUUUGUUGAAUAUUUUUUUGUCUUGGUUUAUUUACGAAUCUGUUAAAUUCGGGACUACAAGCUUUUGCUAUGAGUGCUUCUGUUUGUUCAAUAAGAAUGUGAAAAGGGAACUCCAACAGGGAGUCUGCCCAAAUCAAAAGUAUCAGGCCAAUCAAGCGAUUGAGAAAGAGGGACGUGGUGAGAGACAGAGAGAGCGAAAGAGAAGCAAACAACAACAGCAACAGGCAAAAUUAAAAAAGAAAAAUUCACACAAACCACAGAAUACGGCUACUAUCUCUUCUCUGGUUUCAAUUAGUUAAUAACCAACGCCAACAGUGCAAGUGCCAGUGCCUCUCUCUCUCUGUGUGUGUGUGUGUGUGUGAGUGUGAGUUUGUGUGUAACAAUGCGCGCCACAAUUGAGUUUGAGGAAUGCCUAAAGGAUUCCCCAAGAUUCAGACAAUUUGUGUCCAAGGAGGAGAGUGAUAUUGAACACUUGGAGCAUAGACUGGAGAAAAUCAUUAAACUCUGCAAUGUGGCUGUCGACUCGGGCAAGGAGUAUAUUAAGAAUCAGAGCGCCUUUGCCAUGUCUUUGUGGGACUUGCAGCAGCAUUUUCUCGACAAUAAAAAUGCACACAAUGCUCUAGGAAAGCUGAUUCACUGCUUUCAGGAAAUGAACAAGUUUCAUACAAUAUUAUUGGAUCAGGCCAGUCGAACGGUACUCAAGAAUCUCAGCGUUUUCGUCAAAGACGAUGUUAAUCAGGUUAAGGACUACAAAGGACAUUUUCUAAAAGUCUCCGAAGGAUUUGACAAUGCACUCAUAAAGAACUCACAGGCCAGUAAAAAUCGACCACAAGAAGUGCAAGAGGCAGCAAAUAUAUUGUCCGCCUCAAAAUCUUGUUUCCAACACACUGCUUUAGAUUAUGUUAACUAUAUUACUUUGGUUCAGGCUCGCAAAGUACCCUCCAUAUUGUCCACGCUGCUGGACUAUUAUCAGGCGUGCGUGACCUACUACCAUCAGGGCUUUGAUUUGUGCAACGAUUUUGACGAGUUUUUCAAGAACAUUAGUGAGGAUUUGAAUGCUCUGCGCGGUGACUAUCAGCAAUUGGAGAAGGCCAUGCAGAAUCGGCAUAUGAGCGUGAAUCGGUAUUGUGAUUCCAAUACAAAUAGCUCCUCAAACAAGGUUGAGGGCUAUUUGUUUAAGAAGAAAUCAAAGGGCUUUAAGACAUGGUGUCGACGUUGGUUCUAUUUGAGUGAUAAUCAACUCGUGUACAGUGAUUUGGAUUCGCAUUGCAGAAAACGCAGUAAUGAGGAUUCCUUCUCGGUAAUGGAAGAGGAUUUGCGCAUCUGCAGUGUGCGGCCUGUGAAUGAAGGCGAUCGUCGUUUCUGUUUCGAGGUUAUAUCGCCAACUAAAUCGCACAUCUUGCAGGCGGACUCUGCUGACAUGCUUUCGCUAUGGAUAUCAGCGCUUCAACACAGUAUUGGUGCAGCCAUUCAGCAUGAUUCAACGCAUCAUUCCACACGUCCGCAGUCAACAAAUACUCCAAACGAGCUGCCAGCUAAGCGACGAAUUCACUGGGAGGAAUUUCUCAAGAUCCCUGGCAAUGCCCAGUGCUGCGAUUGUCGUGGCCAAGAUCCACGUUGGGCUUCCAUAAAUUUGGGCAUUACUUUAUGCAUUGAAUGCUCGGGUGUUCAUCGCAGUUUAGGUGUCCAUUAUAGCAAGGUGCGCUCUCUCACCUUAGACGCCUGGGAGACGGAAAAUGUCAAAGUUAUGAUGGAGCUAGGCAACGAGGUGGUGAACCGCAUCUAUGAGGCUCGCAUUCCGGACGACUGUGAACUCAAACAGCCCACGGAACAGUGCGAGAUUGGGGUACGUGAGGCUUGGAUCAAGGCGAAAUAUGUUGAGAGAAGGUUUGUGUGCGGCAUGCCAAAGCCUCAGGAGCUCCUGGCAAGUGAAACAGCUGAAGUCCUUAGUAUAGACAGUGAUGGAAUUCUGCCAGCGGAGGCUAGCGGUACCGGGAAACGAGCUACGCUUUCUCUGGGUGGUACACGUAAAUGGACAGUGAAAAGGUUGAGGCGAAGACGCCAGCAACGACCAUUGCCCAAAACACUCAGCGAUGAGCCCAGCAUUUAUAAUACAGCGAAAACUGGAGAUGAGUUGGAGGACGAAGACGAUGAUGACGAAUCCAUCAAUAUCCCCUCAAUGUCGCUCAGUAUUUCACGGGAUGACUUGCUAACCAUUGGCGAUGAAUUAGCGUUGGACAGUUACGUGACUCCUGGCAUUUUGGGCAGCGAUCAGGAGACAACAGAUGGUGAAUCAGAUGCCGAAAUUGCAGAGGAGCUUCCAUUUUCCCAGCUAGAUGCAAACCUUUUGCUCUACCAGGCUUCGGCUGUGCACAAUUUGCCAGUCAUGUGCAUGGCAUUUGCGUUGGGAGCAGACAAGCUCUGGAAGAAUCAGCAAGAUAGACAACGCUCCUUUCUCCAUCAGGCUGUAAUAUCCGGCUCAGUGAUGGCCUGCGAAUACUUGCUUCUAAAUGGUGCCGCCAUCGAUGCUGUUGAUGAGCAGGGCUAUACAGCCCUGCACAUAUCCACGGCCAAAGGACACAUUGCCCAGGUGUAUUUGCUAUUAAAGCAUAAGGCAGCUUAUGAUCUAGCUUCCAGUGAUGGAAAAAAGGCACUGGAUAUUGCUGUGGAUUUGAAAAAUGCCGAUAUUGUGACACUUCUUCGAUUGACGCGUCUUAAUGACGAGAUCGGGCAAAACGAUGAAUACAAUGGCGAGGAUGAAACCUACAAGGACGUAAUGAAGGAUUUCUCAAAUUGCCAGCCGCGCAUGCUGCGUCAGCGAAAUGACUCAAAUACUCUGGAAUCCCAACGUAGCUCAUUGACGAACUCCGACUAGCGGCGGUGGGAUGCCGCUGGGAUGCCAGGGGCAACUCGAAGGCAUUGACAGAAGCUGGCUCCCCUUAUCGAUUGUUGAACGGUUAAACCAUUGUUAGGACACAUUGUUUUGUUAUUGGCUUCUUUCUUAAAAUUGUUGAACGGUUUCGCAAUCCCAUAUCUUUUCUCUAUCUCUCUUAACUCACUACAAUCUGUUUCUCUAGGCAAUCUCACAGAUUAAGAAGACGCUAGCGCUUCCGAUUAUAUAAUCGAUAUAUUCCAUUCUGUUGCCGUUUUUCAAGCUUAAGUUUAAAGUUAAAUGGCAACGCAAGUACUCUAAUUAUACGUAGCGACAGUGUUUAUUCGUCUGACGUAUUGUUUGUACAUUGUCUUAUGUGGUAUUUAUUAAAUGAUAUUGUAUCUAUAGUUAUAAAAUGUAUGUCUAGUUAUAUGAUAUUACAUAACCCCCAAACUUAAAAUUAUUAUGUUGAUCAACUGUUUAAAAUGUUUACAAUUUUGUAAUUGUUUGCUAAAGUAUAGUUAUAAACAUGUGCAUGUUUCCGAAAUGUUUUAUUUGCAAAUGUUGAUGCAUUUUUCAUUAAUUUUCUUUUACCUUUUUUGGUGCCAAAUAUUGCAAGUCCCCAAAUAAAGUUGUAAACUAUGCAAAUUA